AUGAAUUCCAUGAAGAUUAAAGAGGACACCUCAUUCACUGCUGCAGAAAAUGACCAGGUUUCCAGGCCAGAAUUUUCAGUGGAUGCUGAUGUGAAGCCAACAAUCUCUGGCAUACCUGAUGGUCAUUCUCUACCGUACAUCAGAGAGUAUGGCAGCACCUCUAAGCUUAGAAAUGAAGGCACUAAGCAUGACACAGCUCUUCAAAUUGUGAACCUAGAUGCAAACACCAAGAAAGAGUAUAAUUUCACUUUUACUAUGCACAUAGACUUCAGGAAAUCAAGCCAUGCUAUGUUUAUAGCAUAUGGUCAACCCAAUGAGAGUAUCUUCUCAGCUCUGAAGGCAAAUGAGAAUUUCCAAAGAGCGAAUAUUCAUUCUAACAAGAACAUUUUUGUGUACUGUAAAGAAAAAGAAAUAGAUGGGUAUGUAAAUCUAGGAAUGCCUCUCAAGUGCCUGCCCUAAAAUUCUCACUUAGAAGUAAUAUUUUGACAAAGAAAGAAGACAGUCAGAUACUAACUACGUCAUUGUGAAAACCCAGAUGUUAAACGCAUUCUUUUUCACAUUGUUGCUGUUGGAACGACAAUUAAGAAUAUUCUUAAGGUCAAGGAUCUUCAUGAAACAGGAAGUACACUUUGUGUCUAUGCCUUAACGGGUGAGACUAUCCAAGAAGCUGUGUAUAAGGAUGGCAGGUUUCAUUCUGACCUAAAUGACCUUGAAUGGACAGAAAAGGAAGGCCAUAAAAUAAAUCAUGGAGAGUUCCUGGUGGAUAAUGUAUCUGGAAAAGUCUUACAAAUUGACUUUCCUAGAAGGAAAUCUGUCAGGAACAGUAUUCGUAAAAAUCUUCAAUGGCAGAAUGGAAAUGUCACUGGUGAAAUCAAUCCUUGCGGCUUGACACAAAGAGCAAGGCAGUCCACUGUUCAUUACGAUAGCCAGGAGGAUGUGACUAAUAUCCAGCUAAAGAACACACAAAAAUUGAAUAACGUUAUGCAACAAUAUCCAAAUUUUAAUAAAGUUUCACUUUUACUGACAGAGUAUUUUCAGGAAGAACAGAAGAGUAGAAACGUGUCAGCAGUUGAAAAAUUCCACAUACUUCAAAAAAAGAACUUUGCUAAAGAGACUGCGAAUUCUAACUCAGUUGCAACCAUGGAAUGUCUUAUUCCUCUUAGUAAGUCAGUUGGGUUUAUACAAGGGAACAACACAAGCAUUGUCAAUGGCACUUGCUUUCACUUAAAGGAUGGUUGUAUUUUGUCCUGUCUACAUGUUGUACAACUUAUCAUAGGAGAAGGCAAACAUCCAAGUUUAUGGCCUAAUAUAAUUAGUAAGUGUAUAAAGGUAACUUUCUAUUACAAAGAGUUUUGCCCUCUUCAUCCCAACUGGUUUUUAAAGCCAUGGUAUGAAAUGUGUGAUGGAAAUCUAUAUUAUUUAAUCUUAAAACCAAAAGAAAAUGUAAAUGGAUUUCCUCCAGCCCUAUGUGGACAAAUUGAUCAUCAACCAUCUAGUGGUCUGAUUUAUUUAAUUGGUCACCCAGAAGGCUGGAUCAAGAAAAUAGAUGAUUGUACUGUGAUUCCUGCAAAGCAGCAGUCCAAGAGGUAUUCAGAGCAUCAACCUAUGUUUACCAACAGAAAUUUUCAAUCAGACAGUUGGAGUGUUGACAAACUUAGUUAUGACACUUACUUCUCCUCUGGCUUCCCAGUAUUUACUGAGUCUGGCAGACUUGUUGCUAUGCAUGCCUUUGGGCAUUUUUAUACACACUCAGAUACAGUUUAUUCUCUUAUUGAAUAUGGUUAUUCUAUGGUUUCUAUAAUUAAACAUAAAGAUGAGAACUUUUAUAAGUUAUUAUUUGAGGAGGAAAAUGAGGGCCACUAUGAAGAAACAAAUGAGUAACAAGAGUCAUCACCUCAGGAUCACCAGAUUGAACCCAUAGAAUUGGCAUAA